AGAAACGUGCUGUUCUGAUAUAAAAAAGUAAAAAUAAUUUUCAUACUCAAAUCUACAAAUUUUGGUGUGGUAUUUUGAAUGCAAAAUUCGUUUUCUAUUGGUUUCAAUAUUUUUGUCAAACGUUGCAUGCUUUAAACUACAUUCAAUUCCGAAUUUUUUCUGUACCGAUGGUCUGCAGUAAUAGUACUUAUGUGCUAUUAAAAUAUUGUUUGCUGAGUUUAGCAACCAUAAUGAAUGAAGGUAUAGGUUAUGUUAGUGUUGUUACCUUUUGGUUAGGUUAUAUUGUUUGGGUCUCGUAUUUUUCAAUAAAAUGGUCAUUGCCAUUGGCUUUGAGGGAAGCGCAAAUAAAUUGGGGAUCGGCAUCAUACAAGAUGGAGUGGUGUUAUCAAAUUGUCGAAGAACUUACAUAACUCCACCCGGCGAAGGGUUUUUGCCCAAAGAGACGGCUAUUCAUCAUAGACAAAACGUCUUAGUCGUGUUGAAGGAAGCUUUGGAACAAGCUAAAAUCACGCCGGAAAAAAUCGAUGUAAUUUGCUAUACGAAAGGUCCUGGAAUGGGAGCCCCGUUAGCUACAGUCGCUUUAGUUGCUCGAACUGUAGCACAGCUCUGGAAUAAACCUUUGCUUGGAGUAAAUCAUUGCAUUGGACACAUUGAAAUGGGCAGGAUAAUAACGGGAGCUAAAAAUCCUACAGUGUUAUAUGUAAGUGGUGGAAAUACUCAAAUUAUAGCGUACGCUAGAAGUCGCUACAGAAUAUUUGGAGAAACCAUUGAUAUAGCUGUGGGCAAUUGUUUAGAUCGCUUUGCUAGGGUUUUAAAAAUAUCUAAUGAUCCAAGUCCGGGAUAUAACAUAGAACAAUUGGCCAAAAAGGGAAAGAAAUAUGUACCUUUGCCUUAUUGUGUUAAAGGUAUGGAUGUUAGUUUCUCAGGAAUAUUGAGUUAUAUGGAAGAACAUACCAAAAGUCUUCUGAAACAAGGCUAUACAGACGCGGACUUGUGUUUUUCUCUACAGGAGACAAUAUUUGCAAUGUUGGUUGAAACAACCGAAAGGGCAAUGGCUCAUUGCAACUCCAAAGAAGUGCUUAUAGUGGGAGGGGUUGGUUGCAAUGUAAGACUUCAAGAAAUGAUGAAUGAAAUGUGCAACGAGCGAGGUGGUAAAUUGUUUGCAACAGAUGAAAGGUAUUGCAUAGAUAAUGGAGUUAUGAUCGCCCACGCCGGCGCCGAAAUGUAUAAUGCUGGGAUGAAAAUGAAAUGGGAAGAUUCCUUUGUGACACAGAGGUAUAGGACAGAUGAGGUGGUAACUGAGUGGAGAGAUGAUUAAUGUUUUUUAUGGUGGGGGUGGUAUUUUUUUACACAUUUUUGUUACAAAAAGGUUAUCACAAUGAGGCGAUGCACAUAUUAAGGUAGGAGCAAAAUUAAAACUGGAUGCUUCAAUGUUAACAAAAAAAUUAUAAAUGUUAACAAUACCUGUUAACUAUUUGUAAAAGAAAACGAAAAACACUUUGUAGGAACCAAUUUAUUAAAUAAAGCACUAGUUACAAAGGAAAUGACUUCUGAUUGCUUGGAUAAGUUCUAUAAUCAUUUCUAAUAACAUUGCCAGAAUAGUAACCAAAACUUGAACUGGCUCUUAGAGCUAAUGGCACAUUAAUUUUUUAUUGAAGUUGUCUUCGUCCCCUGUGCAUUUUAGGGAUUUUUCUUAUUAUAUUGUCAGUGGCAGUAUCACUAAUGUCAUUAAUAUUGUAAUUUCGUUUUCCUGAAAAAGUACAGGAAGUUUCUUCAUCUACCACAUAUAUAUCUUUCGUUGCAGUAGUAGAAGAGCGGGCUGCAGA